UCAAAAUCAAAACAAACAAAAGCUACUUUUUGAUAGUGAUUUUGAUUUGAUUGUGUUACAAAUUAAGAAACGUUUGUAGAUCGAUGAAGAUAACUGUAAAAAAAAUAGUUAUUUGCAAUGGAGAGCGUUGAAAAUAUAGCUAACACUUUAUCUCAUGAUGAACUUCUUGAGAUAACCAAAUCAUCACUCUGUACGCUUAUAAGCUGCGAUUCCUUACUUUCGGAUUUACCCACGGAUAUAAUAUUGGAAGAAGUCUUAUCACAAAUAGCAGUUGAGCAUGGGCAGUCCAUAACCAUCUAUGUUUCACGAGAGGAUGAACCUGUGUUAAAAGUUAUUGUUCCACAAAACAUAACAGUUUUGAGCCUCAAGAAAGCUAUUGCCAGACAUUUUGAAAUAUACCAGCAACGGAUAAAUAGCAAAGUAAAGAUAUCCUGGAAGUAUAUUUGGAAAACCUAUGAUCUGAAUUAUGAAGGAGUAAUACUAGACAGUGAUUUAUGUAAAAUUGAUGAUUAUGGAGUCACCAAUAAAGUUACUCUAACAUUUAAGAAGAAAAGGAAAAAGAAACAAUGAAUUUAUUUGACUUGAAAUAUUUUAUUUAGUUCUAAGAAUCUGAUUACGACUUUAUUGAAGUACAUAGUUUUGUAAUUAUAUUAUAAUAUAACAUUAUGUUUACUUAAUGUAAGACUAAAUUUCCAUUUCCACCUUAUUCUCAAAAUCCUAUAAUAAUAUAUAGCAGGAGAGUGUAACAGGAUAACUUUAAGCUGUCGCUACAUUCCAAUCCAUUGUCUCUAGAUGUGUGGGAGCUAUACUAUCGUCAUCUACUAGUGGCCUCAGCCUACAGCUGUUGGAAGUAUAGUUGCCCUACUCUCAUUUUGCAGCCUACAGUGGUUGGAAGCCUGGCAGCCCACACUCAUCUUCUUGCAGCCUAGAGUUGUUUGGUGCAAGUCACCCAAGUCUGUCUAUUUGCAGCCUACAGCUAUUGGUAGUCUCCCCUACUCUCAUCUACAACAGCGUACAGUUCUUCAAAAUCUGGUGGCCCUACUCUCAUCUAGCAGCCUACAGUUGUUGGUAAUCUAGCUCCCUU